GAAAAAAAAAAGUUGAUUACAUCCGAGCUAUUAAGGAUCCAUUCUUACAACAUAGAUUCACACAACUUUUAAACAUCGCAAGACGAUGCACGGACGUUGGCUUCUGUAAGUCACCCCAGAAAAAAAAUACCCACAAUGAGGAUACCGCUUGCAGUUAUUCUCCUCCUCAUCCAAACAUCGAUAUGUUUGGCUAAAGAUGUUUCAGAGUUUGAACUUACAAACCCAACUACAGGCUUCUGCUUGUAUAAAAUACAUGACUAUUGCUACAGAAUGCUUUGGACAACAGGUGAUCGGCUUCUCUUCAAAUGGUUGGACAAGUGCCUCGGAGUCCAGGGGAAAAGUGUGGGAAGUGAGGUUGCCCUCUAUGAUUGUGAUGAGAAAAGCGAGUUGCAACGGUGGGAGUGCAAAAAUGAAACUCUGUUGGCCCUCAAAGGCACUGACUUCUACAUCAACCUCAAAGCUGACUCGACAGCUGUUCUCUCCAAAACAGUUGGACCCAGUAACCACUUACACAUUUCAGACGUGUCCCAAGGUCCUUGUUCAAGAACAGCCAGAGUACUGUACACCAUUGAAGGAAAUGGUUUUGGUCGACCCUGCAUGUUUCCCUUCAUGUAUAAAGAACGUUGGUACUCAGAAUGUACAGAAACCGACUCAGCAACUUCACGUAAAUGGUGUGGCAUUGAGACUAAAUACGAAAACGAACUGUGGGGCUACUGCCCAACUACACUCAAAAAAGACUGGACUAAGCAUCCUGUAACCGGAGCCUUUUACCAACUCAACCUUGAGUCACUUCUGCAGUGGGCCGAGGCCGAUGCCAGCUGCAAGCAGCAGGGAGCAUCUUUGCUCAGUAUCACUGAUCCCCACCAGCACGCUUAUGUCCUAGCUCUUCUUGGCAAUGGGAAUUAUAGACUUUGGAAUGGACUGAUCCUGGAUCUAGAACACGGCUGGCAGUGGGCCAGUGGGAGGCCUUAUGCUUAUCUCAAGUGGGACUCAGGAUACCCGCUUCUCAAUCCAGGCUAUCAAUGUGGAGUUAUGGACGGUUCUGUCGAGUAUUCCUGGCAAAAUUCACUGUGCAACAAGAAACUGGGCUAUAUCUGCUACGGCAAGCCAUAUGUGCAAAGGCCAACUGAAGCUCCUCAGGCAGGUUUUUGUUCACAACACUGGAUUCCCUACAGCGGUCAUUGCUUCUUCCUUCAACGUACGAGUAAAACAUGGUCUGAUGCUCAAAAGGAGUGUCGUAAAGAAGGAGGGGAUUUAGCGAGCAUCCACAACGUGGAGGACCAAAGUUUUGUCAUCUCUCAACUUGGAUAUGCGUCCAAUGAUGAGCUUUGGAUUGGUCUGAAUGACAUCAACACAGAGGGGCUGUUUCAAUGGAGUGACCAUUCCACUGUCACCUUCACCAGCUGGAUGUUUGGGAAUCCUGCCAUCUCUACUCAGCAAGAGGACUGUGUUCUCAUCAAAGGACAGAAUGGUAACUGGGAUGACCGUCAGUGUAAGGAGAAACACGGCUUCAUCUGCAUGAAGCCAAGUGCUGCAGAAGCAUCUAGUGAUGAAGAAGACCUGAAUGCAGGAUGCAAAUCUGGCUGGAAAAGACACGGUUCCUACUGCUACUUUAUAGGGUCACAGACCAAGACGUUUGAUGAAGCGCAAGAAGACUGCAAGACCUCAGAUUCCUACUUGGCUGAUAUUUCAACUGGGAUAGAUAAUGCAUUUCUUGUCAGCUUGGUGGGGAUGAGGCCAGAGAAAUACUUUUGGCUUGGGCUCUCAAACCAGAAAAACAUUGAUAAUUUUGUGUGGACCAACUCAGCCUUGGUGAAAUUUACUCACUGGAACGCAGAAAUGCCUGGUCGAGAACAGGGAUGCGUUGCCAUGGCAACUGGGAUUUUUGCUGGACUUUGGAAUGUGCUGCCUUGCACCAAUAAGGAGAAAUACAUCUGCAAGCACCUGGCAGAAGAUGCGACUUUAACCCCUGCACCACCGACUCUUACCCCGCCCAACUGCUUUGAGGGAUGGACUCGAGUGGGAAAAAGAUCUGAUUGUUAUAAGCUAUUUUCACUGACUGAUCCCGGGAAUGGUAAAACCUGGUAUGAAGCCAGAGACUUCUGCAGAGCCAUUGGAGGAGACCUGCUCAGCAUCCACAGCGCUGCUGAUCAAGAUAUAAGAGGGUACAGCAGUGCGUGGAUUGGACUCAGUGCCCCCGACCCAGUCACUGCUUAUGUGUGGAGCGAUGGAUCCCCAUUAAACUUCCAACACUGGGAAGAAGGAGAACCAAACAAUAAAAAUAACGCAGAAUCAUGUGCAGAAUUUGCUAUCUAUAGGCACAAUUCUGAAGGCUCUUGGAACGAUGUGCACUGUGAAAAGCUCAACAGAUGGAUUUGUCAGAUACGUGCAGGAUUCAGUCCACAUCCGACUCCACAACCUGUUGCACCUGACUACAAUAAGACGUCUGAUGGGUGGUUGCAAUGGAACGGGAGUCAGUAUUAUUUGAACAACCAGCGGUUGCAUAUGGAAGGAGCACGUGAUUACUGUAAAAAGAAGCAUAGCGACUUGGUUGUCAUCAACAGUGAAGCUGAAAGUAUCUUUUUAUGGAAACAGAUCAUCCGAUCGUAUGGGUCUUACUACAUUGGCCUGACAGUGGACCUCGAUGGAACAUUCGGGUGGAUGGAUAGAUCUCCAGUGGUAUUUCAAAGAUGGCAAGACGGUCAACCUGAUUUUAAACUCAAUGAUGAAAAUUGUGUCAUUAUGACCACCGUUAAUGGGUUCUGGCAUGAUACUAAUUGUGGGACUGAGUACAGAUCCAUUUGUAAACGCAAUGGAUCACCUCCUGCCAAUACCACUGUAGCACCUACAGUGCUCCCUAAAGGUGGCUGUUCACCAGAAUGGGAAAAAUUUAACUCAAAGUGUUAUAGAAUCUUUAAUGACCGCAAAGUCACUUGGGAAGAUGCGAGACAACAAUGCCAAAGUGCAGGUGGAAACCUGGUCUCUAUUGGCUCAAGACGGUUGGCAGUGUUUUUGAUCACUAAAAUGGCUGCAACGCCAACGACAGACAUGUGGAUUGGUAUGCAUAGUUUUCAUGGCGGUCAAUUUUUAUGGACCGAUGGGCAACCAAAGACAUACACCAACUUUGAAGUUGCUAGACGCCGACACCUGGUAUUAUCAGACAGUGAUGCCAUUGACCGUUAUAUGUUGGAGGACUACUUUUCCAGAAGGCACCAAAUGGAUCCUGAGAAUAAGUGUGCUGUGAUUACAACUAAACCCUCCAUUGGUAUUGGGAAAUGGGUCCCAAGGUCCUGCAAUGACACCAAUGGAUUCAUCUGUCAUAAAAAUCUGGACUCAUCUCGUCCCGAUUCCCCUGAAUCAACUCCCAACAUAUAUGUGACAGUAGCUAAUGACUCCAUCAGACUUGUACCUAAAAAUCUGACUUGGGGUGAAGCCAGAAAGCUCUGUGAAGGUGAAAAUGCCAAACUGUCAAAUGUGCGAAAUGAGUGGGCACAGGCUUACGUGGAGCUACUGGCUUCAACACUCAAAACCCCUCUGUGGAUUGGACUGAACAAAUUAGAGGGUGGGUACUUCAAAUAUGUUGAUGGCUGGCAUUUAAGAUAUUCCAAUUGGGAUUAUGGUGAACCACGAAGAGACGGGGCUUGUGUGUAUGUGGACAAAGAUGGAAAGUGGAAAACAGCUUCCUGCAAUCGCACCAUGAACAGUGUUUGUAUGCAGUCUACAGCUGUGCCACCAACAGAGUCCAGUGAGUUCCCAGGACAGUGCCCUGAAGAUCCAGAAUUAUCAUAUGGCCAGAGAAACACCUGGUUACCAUUUAAGGGCUAUUGUUAUAUCUUUUUCCCCAAUGGAGAUAGGUGGUCGGAUGCAGCUACCAAUUGUGUAAGACACAGUGGUGCACUAACCAGCAUUGAAAACCCUGAUGAGCAACAAUUCAUCCAAACACAACUAAAAAGAUUUGAAGACAGUCAUAAUUCUUUUUGGAUCGGCCUUUUUCAAAAUCAGAGAGGUGAGUGGAAGUGGCUUGAUAGAACAGUUAUGGACUACUCAAACUGGGAGCUCGGAGAGCCUAUGUCUGGGUACACAUAUGGUUCAAUGAAAACUUCAGAUGGAAGCUGGACAGCAAGUCGGAAUUUUUAUCGCAGACCGUAUGUCUGCAAAGCACACAAAGUAGUACGAUCAGCACCGCCUACACCACCAGUCGUUCACAUCCUGGAUAUUCAUCACCCCAAACGUUGGGCAGUUGUGGUCAUUGUGGUGACUGUCAUUUUAGUGGGAGUGAUUGCUCUUGUCCUAUUCAAGAAAUAUGGGAAGCGCAUACAAAUCCCCAGCAAAUUAACCACCUUUGACAACCCACUCUUCUUCAACAAUGAGCGCUCCCAGCCUGAUGUGGUUGACACCUCGAAAUUGGUAGAAAAUGCUGCAGAAGAAAAUCCGGAGCCUGUUAUAACUCUGUGAUGGAAGAAGAAAUAUGAGAUCUAUAAAAUGGACAAACACGGUAAACAGUCGCUAUGUUCUUAUUUGUGUGGACAAUAUUUCUAUAAUCUGUUUAUGAAAUGGAAGGACUUUCACUUCAUAUGAUGAUGAACUGCUGUAAAUUACACAUAAAAGCAACUGGCUAUGGGUCUUCCUGAAAGAUCUUGUUUUGCCUAAUUGUGUGUUUUAUGAGAACAAGCAGCUGAUUUAUUAUCAGGAUGAGCUACUUUAUAAUAUUGUAACUUUUCCACUAAGGGUUCCAGCCAUAACUAUUUGUUGGCAUUUUAGCAUGGCUUUUAAAAAAAAAAAAAAACAAAAAAAAAAAACAAUGGGAUAUGAUGUAGAAACCCCUAAAAUGUAAGAUGGAUUUGUAAAACAUACAGUCAGGAAAUUUUUACUUUUUUAAAAGUCAUUCAAUUAAGAUGUCAAAGCAUGAUUUGAUAAGUACUUAACCUACAAUCAAAUAGUUUAAAUAGACAAUUGAGAAACAUGUUUGGAAAUGUUCACCCCGCAAAAUAAGAAAAUGUAAGAAAAAUUAUUUUAUAGGGAUUUAAAAAAGUGUUCCCAGUUGUAUGCCAUUGUGGUGCACAUUUAUUUUUAGUGAACAGCCAUGGGUUAUUUAAAAGUGGGAUGGGUGAAAUGUUAAAAAAAAUUACAAAAGUAUUUAAUACAAAGCUUACUUUCCAUUUCCAGUCUCAUCCUGCAAAGCCAACUGAAUUAUCUGUACAGUCUGUAUGUUUAGUAAUUUGUUUAGCAGUUAGUAUGUAGCAUAUGCUAGUUAUGUACGUAGCUUGCUGAUAUUCCAGCCAAUAUGUACAAUUUAACAAUAUUGCAAUUAUUAUUUUUCAAGCACGGUUCUAUUUUUUAGAUGUUUUUGUGUUCAUGU